UGCAAGGUGCAGGCGGUACAGCGGCACGCUGAAGAACGACAAGAAAUUGCUUCCGCAGUUCAGUUAGCCGGCGAGGUUAAAUGCUGUGUAAGUGUACGCUGUCGGAAUCUCUUUUUUUCAGUAACAGAGUGUUUUUGCUAAGUGUCGCAGUAUGAGUCUGAACGAGCAUUCACUGCAAGCGCUGUCCUGGAGAAAGCUGUACCUGAGUCGAGCUAAACUGAAGGCUUCCAGUCGGACCUCGGCUCUGCUGUCUGGAUUUGCUAUGGUGGCUAUGGUAGAAGUGCAGCUGGACAACAGCUACCCCUACCCACCUGCCCUCCUUAUCGCCUUCAGUGCCUGCACCACUGUGCUCGUAGCCGUUCACCUGUUCGCUCUGAUGGUCAGCACCUGCAUUUUACCCAACAUAGAGGCCGUGAGCAACGUCCACAAUCUCAACUCGGUGAAGGAGUCCCCACAUGAGCGAAUGCACCGACACAUUGAGCUGGCGUGGGCGUUUUCCACAGUCAUUGGUACUUUGCUCUUCCUGGCAGAGGUGGUUCUACUCUGCUGGGUUAAGUUUUUGCCCAUCAAGCCCAACAAAUCCAGCAACAGCACAGUUUCCUCCGGAGUGGCUGCUGCCAUUACCUCCACCUCCAUUAUGGUGCCCUUUGGUUUGGUUUUCAUAGUCUUCGCUGUGCAUUUCUAUCGCUCCUUGGUGAGCCACAAGACUGACAGACAGUUUGAGGAGCUGGAGGAGCUCUCCAACCUCACCAGGCUACAGAAUGAGCUCGAUAACAGAGGAGAAUCUUCCAUCUUGCAGUCGCCAAGCUCACAUUUCCCAUAGUCGGGUCCAGCUGAUGCACAUUUGUGGUGGAACUCGUGACCCCUUUGGGAAUUCUCCAAGUCAGAAGCCACCUUAUUGGCUUCUAUGGUUUUUACAGGAAUGAAGAUUAAUCUCACUCUUUAUUGUGAAAUUUAUUUUGUGAAGAACAGUUGUAUUUUUUAGAAAACACACUUGAUUGACUGUGAACUCGUAUAUCCGCCGUGCUGCAUGUAGCUUGAAAUCGGAAAGUCUUAACAGUGGUAGCUGCCUCACUGAUCUCCAACGGUAUGGGAGAGACGUCUGAACAGUAACCUGGAAUCCUGUCUGUUGCUGCCUGCUGUAUUUAUUUAACCGUCUGUCAGUGAAUACUUCAUUUGUUUAUGUAUAUUACCUUGUGAACCACGUGUAUUUAACCCUUUUCUCCCAUUAUUUACAUGGUCUUCUUGUUUUUGUUUUUUUUAAGUGUUCACAAUUUGCAUUCAGAAUGCUCUCCCUUUGUGUCGACUAGUCAGCUGCCAAACUUACAGUACAACUUAAGUAUGUUUUGUUCUCAUGUGUUGCACAGGCUGUGGUGUUCAAAUAAACACCUUUUCACAAA